AUGGGAUCGCAAACAGACCAGCCCGAGGGCUCCAAGGCAGAUAUUGCCAACCUCGGAUACACGCCCAUGGCCAAGGUGUCGGAGCCCUGGUCGGUCGAAAAGGUCCUCGAGACGCUGCCCGGAGACGCGCCCGCGCAGGGCUCCAGCUCGCCGCUAGCCUUUUUCCACAUGCUCGAGCGGCUCAAGACGACGAAGCGCGAGGGCUGGCGGCGGUUCGGCAUCGAGCGGGGCGAGUCCAUUGCCGACCACAUGUACCGCAUGUCCCUCAUCUCCAUGUUCGCGCCCCCGUCUCUCGCGCCGCGCCUCGACCUGCCCAAGUGCAUGAAGAUGUGCCUCAUCCACGACAUGGCGGAGCUGCUCGUCGGCGACAUCACGCCCGUCGACGGCGUGGCCAAGCCCGAGAAGAACCGGCGCGAGGCCGCGACCAUGGACUACCUGACCAAGACGCUACUAGGGGGCUUCCCGGGCGGCGCGUCGACGGGCGAAGAAAUGCGCGCCAUCUGGCAAGAGUACGAGGACUCGCAGACGCUGGACAGCCACUUCGUACACGACGUGGACAAGAUGGAGCUGCUGCUGCAGAUGAUGGAGUACGAGAAGCGCGCCGAGGGCCGGCUGGACCUGGGCGAGUUCGCGUACGUGGCCCGCAAGAUGACGCUGCCCGAGACGCGCGCCUGGGCCGACGAGCUGCUGGCCGAGCGGGAGCGCUUCUGGGCGGGCGCGGCACACGUCCACGGCGAGCAGGGCGUCGACGGCGGCGUGACGAGCGAGCGGAGCGUGCAGCAGGACGCCUACUACAGCAGAGAGGCCUAG